AGCUGUCAAGUAGCUUCAGGAUGGAUGCCAAAUUAGCUAAAUCAAUUUUCGACUUCACGGUCACUGACAUCAACGGGAACGACGUGAGCCUGAGCAAAUACAAAGGAACUGUAUGCAUCAUCACUAACUUUUCCAUCAAGGAUGCAGCGUGUGAAAAAGUGUUCUCAAUGCUUGCCGCACUGUACAAAAAACAACACGGCAGCGUACUGCAAGAUCUGAACAUACUCCUUUUCCCGUGCUCACAGUUUGGUUCCAAGGAGUCAACGUAUGAUAUUUUCGAUUAUUUCGACAACAACAGCGACCGUCCAGUUGGAGACGUUUUUGCUGAGAUUGAAGUCAAUGGCUCCAAAUGCGUCGAAUUGUAUAAAUAUCUGAAGCAAAAGAAACCGGGAAACUGCGGAGGAUUCAUCAAUAGCAACUUUACCAUGUUCCUGACUGAUCGGAAUGGCGUUCCUGUGGAACGUUUCGGCUCAAACGUGCAUCCCUACCUUCUUGAGGAACUUGUUGAACAAUACUGUGCAUGAGAAUCUGUUAAUUUAAGUCUAACCGGUUAGUUCAUUAUAUGAGUAUCA